AAUGGGGCGUGGCUACACCAAGAAAGCGGAAGCAUGUGUGCAGAGAAACAGAUGAAGGAUUUGUGAAUGUAUUAAACAGCGCACACGGUUCAAAUAUAAUGACAGCUUCAGAGCCUAAACUUAUUUUGUUAUUCAGUGGAAAACGGAAAUCUGGGAAGGACUACGUGACCGAUUUAAUACAAAAAAGGUUGAGUCCACAGCUGUGCUGCAUCCUCCGGCUUUCUGCUCCACUUAAACAACAAUAUGCACAGGAGCAUGGGCUGGACUAUGAGGAGCUGCUGGGAGCAGGGCAGUACAAAGAGGAGCACCGGGCAGAGAUGAUCAGAUGGGGGGAGAGAAGGAGGCAACAAGACCCAGGCUUCUUCUGCCGUGUGGCGGUGUGUGGAGCCUCUCAACCCGUGUGGAUUGUGAGUGACUGCAGGCGCAUGUCUGAUUUGCAGUGGUUCUGGAGUGAAUAUCCACAGCAGUGUGCAAGUGUCCGAGUGGAGGCCUCUGAGCAAACCAGGGCUCAGAGGGGAUGGAGAUUUACUGCAGGCAUAGACGAUGCAGAGUCUGAAUGUGGUCUGGAUCAGGGUGUGGACUUUGACUGGACCAUAAGGAACGACGGAGAUGUCACGUUUCUCAACAGACAGCUCGAGGGACUGUUGUCAUUAGCUAGAGAGAGGACCCUGGUGCACCAAUGCACACAAGAUAGUAUACAAUCAAACGGACUAUGACCAGAAGACUUAGCUGUGGAUCUAACAAAAGUAUUAGGUCCGGUUAUUUUGGAUAUCCUGAAAAUGUACAGGCAUUUGCCAAAUAUUAUGUUGCUGUUUACAUUCCUAUUGCAUUUGUGCCAGAAAUGCGAUCAGAACUACUUAAAUCCCAGUAUUUCUUUUUUCAGACUUUUAUCAAGACACAUCUCACAUUUCUAAUCCAUGAAGUGCCUAAGCAAGUCCAGUAAACCUCAGCAGAUUUGCUUAAAUUUGAGUCUCUCACUUGUAAGUAUUCUAGAUAAAAUGACUAACCUAAUAAUAAAUUAAAAUGUAUUUCACCACAACCCUGUU